AUGGUUAAGAAAUCAAAUGAAGCUGAAGAGGACCCUUCAACUCUAAAAUGGUCAUGGAGACCAGAGAACAUGGACAAUUUCCUUUUGAGAGGAAAAGGCGAAUCUACAAACACACAACUCUUUGAUCAGAAAGUAGUAAGCAAUGACCAAAGUGAUUAUCUAUGGUAUAUGACUACCGUUAAGUUUAGAAAACGAGAUCCAUUUUUGGGUACAAACAUGUCUCUCCGCGUCAAUAGUACUGCUCAUGUCCUUCGUGUUUUUGUCAAUGGAAAACAUAUUGGGAGUCAACACGCUGAAAAUGGAAAAUUUCACUAUAUUUUUGAGAAAGAUGCAAAGUUUAAGUCCGGACGUAAUGUCAUUUCUCUCCUUAGCAUAAUUGUGGGACUUCAGAACUAUGGUGCUUUCUUCGAAAGUGUUCCAGUUGGAAUCACUGGACCGAUUUCAAUUAUUGGAAGAAAUGGUGAUGAAACCAUAGUUAAGGACUUGUCUUCUCAUAAAUGGAGCUAUAAAACCGGUUUAAAUGGGUUUGAGAACAAACUCUUUAAAACGGAAUCACCGUCUAAAUGGUCAUUCCAAAGUGUACCAUUGAACCGAACCAUUACUUGGUAUAAGACUACGUUCAAGGCUCCAUUGGGAAAUGAUCCAGUUGUUGUCGAUCUUUUGGGACUUGGAAAAGGUACAGCUUGGGUCAAUGGAAACAACAUUGGACGCUAUUGGACGGCAUUCAUUUCAAGCUCUGAUGGUUGUUCUGCGAAAUGUAACUAUAGAGGGGCUUAUUAUGCGGAAAAGUGUCAGACCAAUUGUGGAGAACCUACACAAAGAUGGUACCAUGUUCCUCGUUCUUUCUUGAUCACAGAAGGAGAUAACACACUAGUUUUGUUUGAGGAGAUGGGAGGAAACCCAUCGCUUGUCAAUUUUCAAACUACUAUAGUGGGAAGUGUAUGUGCCAACGUCAAUAAGAAAAAUGUUAUUGAGCUUUCAUGCGAUAGGAAAACUAUUUCUGCCAUCAAAUUUGCCUCUUUUGGUAACCCAGAUGGAAAUUGUGGAUCUUUCGUAAAGGGAACCUGCGAAAGAAGUAAGAACGCUGUUGAUAUUCUAACAAAAGAAUGUGUCGGAAAAGAGAAGUGUUCCAUUGAUGUCACUGCAGAAAAGUUUGGAGUACCAGAUUGCAGUGGUGCUGCUAGAAGGCUCGCUAUUGAAGCUAUAUGUUAAGUGUUUUCUAGAUUUAUGGUGUUUUAUGGUAUUUCUAAAUUAUGUAGUACUUUUCAUUUUCAAAUAUUUAGUUCAAUUUACUCAUUACUGGCCUUGUGAACUUAUUCAAUAAAUGUACACAUUAUUCUUUUUCUCUUGGAAAAUCCAUGGUCAUCUUCUCAAUAAUCCCCAUUCUCUCUCGAAAAUAAGAUAAUUGUUCUCUUCAGUAUCUAUUGCUUUUCUCUUUUGUUUAUAUGUAUAUCUUUCUUAUCUACUACAUAUAUAUUCUCAUAUGAUUUUAUCUAAUCAUUAAUGAAUUCAAUGACAUUUUUAUUCUCUUGUAUAUCAAAUAUUUUUAAUGAACAUGCUUUUUUUUACCUCAAACGGCCAUUCUAUUACACAAACUUGAGGUGGUAUGGGUAACAAGACUGGAAUAGAACAACCAAUGAAAAGUAACUCCCUAUGGAUGGAUCUAGAAGUCUUAGCUAAAAAAUCUGAAAUUUGAUUACGCGCUCAUGGAACAUGAGUGAUGCAGAAAUCCGGGAAGCAUAUAUGUAGCGUCUCUAUCUUCUCUAAUUCUAUCGCAAAGCUUGGCCAAGGAUGAGGUUCCUCUAACAUUGAAAUCAGCUCCUUACAGUCCGUCACGAAGCUCUGGCAUGUUGAGUGUUGGAGCAUAUUCUCCAUUGCCCACCGCAGAGCUUCUACUUCCGAAUGCAAGGCUGAUUUCACUUCUAGUAAGAUUUCUUAUCCCUAUGAGCUGAGUAUUCCCCUACUGUCCAUCCAAACCCAUCCACAUCCACUUAAAUUGGCAGAUGCUGUCCAAGAUUCAGCUAACAAGCAUAUAUUACCCAAGCUUAUGACUUGGGGGCUGACCACAUUGUUCUCUUGUACCACUGGUUGUACCACUUCGUUCGCAUCAAACCAGGCCUGACAUUCACUCUCUGCAUAUCAGACCAACUCCAAAGGAUCUCUAUCUAUCCCCCUAAACAGUUUAUCAUUCCUAGCCUUCCGGAUAUACCAAAUUAUCCAGGGAAAAGGGUCCAUGUCUUGUUCCGACUCGAUAAUAGAGUUUUUCCUCCAUAAUAGGUAGUCCAUAUUUGUGUAGACACUUGAUACUGGAAAUACCUCUGGGCUUGUUGGAGUUGCUGAUAAGGUCCAAGCCUGUAGCGCUGGCGGGCAUUCAAAGAUGGCAUGUGUAACAGAUUGUUUUAAUUCUCCACAUCUUGGGCAAUAGUUAUCACAUCUCAUAUUGCGUCUUACUUAAUUCCUUGUUACUGCCACAUGCCCAGUUAACAACUGCCAUAUAAGAUGACAUAUUUUCGUAGGGGCCUUCAGCUUCCAAGCAAAGGCUUGAAGCUUGGUGAUACUCGGUUCCAAGAUUUUAUACUCUUCUCCCGUCUUUCAUAAAUUAUGGACCACCCAAUAUCCAGAUUUAACCGUGUAUUGGCCAUUUUUUGUGUAGCUCCAGCAAAAAGUAUCACGACGAUGAGAUGAGUUUAUGGCCAAACUUCUUAUGAGCGGUAUGUCAUCAAGAUUGACGUAGUUCUCCAAUAGUCCAACAUCCCAAUCCUUUGCUGUCUGAUUAAUGAGAUCACUGACUCUCAUAUUGGGAUGCAUAACUGGUGUAACAGGGAUAGCCGGCCUCGCUGGGACCGUUAGGAUCCAUGGAUCCUCCCACACCUUAUCAUGUUUAAUGAACAUGUUUAGAAUGAUUUCUGAUGUAAGUACAUGGAGAAACACAUUCUUCUAAGUCAAUGUAUUCUAUGUCUUUAUACCACAUUUCUCUAACUUAGACUUUUGGUUUUGAUCUUUAUCUUUGAAACUCUUAUGCAUAUUGUAUUAUAUUCUCCUUCCUAUAGAUAUUACUGGAAAUUCAAUAAAAUUUUAAGCACGGAAAAUAAAAAAUUUCAUCACGAAGACAACAUAUUUCAUAAAAAAAAUCAUUUUAUAUUAUUUCUAAAUCUUUUAAAUAUUUAAAGUCAUGCAACGACUUCUUAAAAACACAUGUAUGCCCUUUAAAUUAUGAAUUUAAGUGUAUAUAUCAUACACUUUAGAUAUACAAAGCUCUUUAGUUAUAUAAGAUUCUAUAUAUAUAAGUUUUUCCGCCUGUCACAUAUUAAUAAAUUUAUAUUUUGUUUCAUAGUCAGUAUAUGAAUAUAUACAAUGUUUCCUUGAGGAUUAAGUAGCAAAAUACAUACAUCUUUUGAGAUGUUUAGAUUUGAAAUGACCUCUAUGAAAGCAUAGUUCCCAAGUAUCACUAAAUGACAUUGGGCAUGUUUAUUUGCUCAUCUAUCAAUUCCAUCUAUAUAGUUUAUUCAGUUAUUUCAGUCAAAUGAUUCAUCUUAAUGUUGUUUGUUUAUAUUCAAAUUUUCAGUUGGAUAGAGCAUCUGAAAAGAAAUGGUUUGCUUCCUUAUUUGUUGUUAAUUUUCAUCUCUAUAUAUAGAAGUUUCAACUAGAAAAUUAACUAGAAUCGUCAUACUUUAAUCUAAAUAUAUUUAGAACUUGAUUUUGCAAUUUUUUAAAAAAAAUCAAAUUUUAUGGUUUUCAUGGUUAAUCAUUAUUUCUUUUGGUGGUUUCUUGGGAAAAUGUGAUUUUUAGGUUUUUACGGAAAUGAUAUUUUGUAGUUUUUCCAGAUAAAAAUGUAAUUUUUCAGUUUGGAGGGAGGGGUGGGUGGGAAAUAUAAUUUGCGGUUUUGACAGGAAAGUUAUUUAUUUCUUUUUUAGCAGGAAAUGUGAUUUUACGAGUUUGACAGGAAAAUAUGUGUGGGAACCAAAAUUCGCACUAUCGAAUUCGUAUGGGGAGAAAGCGUAGCUUUUACGCCUUCUCUGAGCAUCCGGGUCUCUUUGAAUACAACGACAAGUGAUCAAGCAAUAUUCGAAAAAGAGAAGGAAAAUAGUAACAAAAUUGAGAGCAAGAGAUUAAUAUGCUUAAGAUCCGGGUCUUCUCUGAGGAUCCGGGUCUCUUCGAAUACAUCGUAAGAGUGUUUGCGAUGUUACAACAGAUUGUAAAAGUCGUGGCAGCAAGACCUGUGAGCGAGUUCUCUAGUUUUGACCACCUAAACCUUAAACCUAGUUGAGUAGCAGCUCGGUAACUUAAACGAAAAUAAGCCUAAAAUUCUUUAAAUUGUAUAUCGGUGUCCGGAGAACUUAUACUAAUUGCAUAGCACCUUAAAGCUUUACAGUUGACAAAGUACCCAAUAUGUUUGAUAAUUAUAGUACCUUAAGUUCUGAUUCCCAGAAAACAAUUUAGAGAGACUAAGUGGUUUAGAUGUUUGGAAAUUAUAUAUACUAUUUCCUUUCUAAGAAAUUUGCUAACUUUUAUUUGUAUUCAGAAGUUUGAAUUGAUAUGUUAUAAAUUAAAAAAAAAA